CGCAGGUGGCGCUGCGCCUGCCCGCCCGCCCUCGGGGCCGACGCGUGCGGGAUCAAAGCGGCCGGGAAGGGGCGGGGAGGGGAGGUGGCAGGAACCCGGAGGUGUUAGCGAGCUUCCCAGGGGAUGGCAGGAGCGUGGGAGCGCAGAGUCCCGGGAGGCGACAGAGACUCGGAGAGACGAUGAGUUACCAGAGACCCGAAAGAACCAGAGGCGGAGAUGCAGACGCCAAGAGACCGGAGAGACGCGGAAUCAGAGAUGCGGAGGAACGAGACCACCGACACCCAGAGAGACCCAGGGUAGAAGUCGCUGAAGAUCUGGAAAGAACGUGAGAGAUACAGAGAUGGAGAAGCUAAGGGGCACUCAGAGACCCAGAAAGGAGGCUAGACAAAAAAGGCACAGACCCAUAGACUUAAGAAAAGGAAGCGUGCUUCAGAGAGAACGGAAAAUAAUAGAGGAAGAGAGGUGGAAAGAACAAGGGAUUUAGAGUAGGGGGCGGGAAGACCUGGCCCCUCCCCCGCGGGGGGCCGAGAGGACCCCCGGGGCAGGGAUCCGAGCACUGUGUCCUUUCUCAGGGUCACGCCUGUGGAGGUGCGGGCGGGGGACGGAGGGAGGAGUGUGGAGGAUGCAGGACCCCCAGGCUGGGAGGAGGGGAGAGUGAGGGCGUGCGGAAUCAGGGUGUAGGCCUGGGGCUGCAAACUCUGCUAUAGUCAAAAGGCUAAGAUUUAUAUUUGGCAGAAAUAUUUGAGUGAAAAGAUGCUUUUUAGAUGCUACCAAAUGUAUUAUCCUCUCUUUGGAGGGGAGAAAAUAAGGCUCUUGCAUUGGCCGGGAAUCGAACCCGGGCCUCCCGCGUGGCAGGCGAGAAUUCUACCACUGAACCACCAAUGCGUGACUACUGGGGUGUGCCAGGAGACUAUCUGAGUUCGUAAGAGGUUGAGGCGGACCCGGACAGGCAACUGUGUAGGCCGGGGAACUGGUCCCGAAUAGUUGACGUGGGUGGAGCGCCAGGUCAUCCUUCCUCUCGUCCGGAUCCGGCCACCGGGCCAUAAAGCCGCCCCAUAUGGCCAGGGGCGGCCCCACACCCGGGUGCGAACAGCCUGGGGCCCCCAGCCUCGCGUGCAGGCUCUGGCUACAGCAAGAAAGGCUCCGUUACAAAACCAAGGUGCGGAGGGCCGUUGGGAGGGCUUGGAGGAAUCCCCACUGGUCUCUGACUUCACAGCUAUCUUCCUUCUCGGUCUGCAACCCUGUCUUUCCGUGUCUUUAUCCCUGGCAACCUGGCUGUCCCGUUCAGUUUCUGAUUUAUCUUCUCAGGCACUUUGUCCCGAAGCCCCCGAGUGGUCAGGCAUCGUUCUGCGGAGGGUCAUGUUCUUGGUUUGAGGUGGGUGUUGAUCCCUUUUCUGUAUCCCUUGCUUUCCCCUUAGUAAAACUGCCUGCUCCCUGCUACCCUACAGUCACCAGGGGCCUCCAGAAGCAAGCAAUGCGGGCACACUUGCGUGAGGUGUCCCAUCAGCCACACUCCUGAAUCUCCUAUGACUAGUUUUGAAUCAAAUACUUGUGCUGUAAGUGGAAAGACCUCUCCACUCCUACCUAUGUUUCAAAGACUUGCUCCCUCUGCCUUGAAGUUCCUCCUUAGUCCAGCCAUCCUCAAGGAGACCUUUUCCCGGAGCACCUAUUUCACUGGGCUUCUGUAACAGCUACUUAGUGUCACGUGGUCUUUUCCAUUAGCUACUGCAGGGAUAAGCUGGGUCUCUCCUGCGUAUCUCACUAUGACUCGCCCGAGCCUAGACCAGUGCCCUGUCCGCACAGUGGGCGCGCAGAUGUUCGGGGACUUGAAGGUAACUGGCUUAGACAGAACAGAGCGCCUCUCCAACCUCCUGGCAGAGCUUCGGUUGAGUCGGACGGAUUCACCCAGCACACUCGGGUUGCUCCCUGUCUCGACUAGGAAGCGAACUCGGAGAUGAUGUAUAAAAUUCAGCCUGGGGGCUGUUUCAGGGUUAGUGAGGGUACAGUAAGUCUCCGACAAAGCUGCAAUUCUGGAGGAACUCUGAAUUUCAUCCCCAAGCGAGUUCUGCCCCUAAUAACCUCCUGCCUUCAGCUGGGUUCCGCCUCCUUAUACAGCCUUAUGGUCCGUAAACCAGCCAGUGCCCCCAUUCACCCCUCACUUCCCACACUCCCAGGCCCCCACACUCCCCUCCCCCCUUCACUCCUCCUCUUUCCGGGAGCCUCGUGCCGGGUCCUAGAGGGGCAGAAUCCGGGUGCCGAAGGGGGCGGGGUCGGGUCCUAUCCCUCCUACCCUGGGGCCGCGGAAUAUAAGGCUCCAGGCGAGCAGGGACCCGGUCCACACCAGGGUCCGGAGGAGCAAUGGUCACCCGGGAUCGAGCUGAGAAUAGGGACGGCCCCAAGGUGAGAGGCGGGAGGGGAGGGAGCAGAGGUCCCUGGUUUGGCCAGGGGACUGGGCCCCUGACGCCGUCGGUCUGGAGAGAGACUGGGGACGCAGGGGUGGAAGGGGAGCCGUGCUCCAGGACUCCAGGAGCCAGGAGCUGGAGAGGAAGCUGCAAAAUAUGAAGAAGGGGACAGGGGUCAGAGCCAGACCUGAGUGGGCGGCGGAAACAUAGGACUAGGGGUCUAGGUAAUGGGGGUCGGCACCGUGUGGCCUGGGGAGGGAGCCGGUGUCGGAGUAAAAUAAGCAAGUAGAGGGCAGAGCCAAGGGAGGAGGGUGGGAACGAAAAGAGAAGAGGAUAGUCUCUUGCUCUACGCUGGCUGUGAGGCGGGCGGGGUUGGCCCAAGACGGUCUUGUAGAGAAGGCCCCGGGGAGUUGGUUCCAGAGGCCCCACACUGGUGGAAGAUUUUAGGAGAACCAGUGGAGAAGGUGACGGCCUGGAGGGUUUUGAGGGAGAAGAGGCGGCGCGGUCGCGCUAGGUAUCUCCCUUUCUAUACUCAGGGCCGCCAGCUCUGAGCCUGGCACCGUGCGGCGCACGUGCCUGCGCGCAGAGGGUUCCCAAAGUUCUCCACUGAGACAGAGAGAAACUGCACGAGACGGAGACGUAGAGAGAAAAGAGGAGGAGAGACACAGAGAGGGGAGGAGGGAGGACGAGACUGAGAGAGGAGAAUGCGAAGAUCCGGGGAGGCGAGCUACAGAAACUGAUCUAGGGGCAUUGGGAGGGGGAGCGGAGAGGGAUCGAAUGGGGUCGACCCUAGGCAAUCUGGGGUCUUGGGGCCGGGGUGGAAGCCGGGCUCUCCCAGCGGCGGGAUCCGACGCCGGCGCGGCCGCGCUGAGUCUCGGUCCGGUCGGCCCGCUCUCCUUUUCCCGCUGGUCGCAGAUGCUGAAGCCGCUUGUGGAGAAGCGGCGCCGGGACCGCAUCAACCGCAGCCUGGAAGAGCUGAGGCUGCUGCUGCUGGAGCGGACCCGGGACCAGAACCUCCGGAACCCGAAGCUGGAGAAAGCGGAGAUACUGGAGUUCGCCGUGGGCUACUUGAGGGAGCGAAGCCGGGUGGAGUCCCCGGGGGUUCCCCGGUCCCCAGUCCAGGACGCCGAGGCGCUCGCCAGCUGCUACUUGUCCGGUUUCCGCGAGUGUCUGCUUCGCUUGGCGGCCUUCGCGCACGACGCCAGCCCGGCCGCCCGCGCCCAGCUCUUCUCCGCGCUGCACGGCUACCUGCGCCCCAAACCGCCCCGGCCCAAGCCUGUAGAGCCGAGGCCUCCAGCGCCGCGCCCAUCCCUGGACCCCGCCGCACCGGCCCUUGGCCCCGCGCUGCACCAGCGCCCCCCAGUGCACCAGGGCCCCCCUAGCCCGCGCUGCGCAUGGUCCCCAUCCCUCUGCUCCCCGCGCGCCGGGGAUUCUGGCGCGCCGGCGCCCCUCACCGGACUGCUGCCGCCGCCACCGCCGCCUCACAGACAAGACGGGGCGCCCAAGGCCCCGCCGCCCCCGCCGCCCGCUUUCUGGAGACCUUGGCCCUGAGCCUUGGGGGGUGGUGGGGGCGGGGUCUAGGGGUGGGGUAGAGACUCCAGCCCGAGGGCAGCAGAGGGACCCGGGCGUCCGGGCGAGCAGGUGUUGGGGAGGGCGGCGGGGCGCGCGGGCUCAGCGCGCGGGUGAGAUGUGGUCUAUAUUAGAGUAUCUAUAUAAAUAUAUAUUUCCCUGGUUCCUGUCCCUUUUCCCUGCCCCAACUUCUUCCUUGCGUCUAGGAUUGUACUCUCUCUGCCCCCCAGCCCAGUCCCAGUCCCUUCCCGAGUCCCUAGUGCAUGGAAUAAAGUGGUUAUUAAAUCCCCGUGUGUCCCCGAGCCAGGGGCCUGCCUUUAUCUCGACGUCCACGCCCACUUUCCCUUCCCUUCUGUCUCCCACCCUCAGUCCUGCUCUCCAUGGCCCAAGCCCCGGGGCAGACAGGUAAGUAAAGAAGAGAGCAGGGCGGGAACUGAGAUCGAAAUAGAAACCAGGUGGAAAAAGAGAGCGAUAGGGUAGGGGGAGAAAAAAACGGAUAAAAGGAAAAUUUGAAAUAAAAUCGACUCUGGUGGGAUUCGAACCCACAACCUUUGAAUUGCUCUAAUUCGUCACUAGAAGUCCAAUGCGCUAUCCAUUGCGCCACAGAGCCACCUCGCGGGCGGCGGCAUCUUCUAGCUUACCGGUACUAGAGUGGGAAAGGGGCAGGGCUGGGGGAGUGGGGGGCGGACAUACCAGGAGCGCGCGGUUUGGAUCGCAGAGGCCAAGCCAGGUAGAGGGAGCGGGCGCAAAGCAUGUUAGCCAGGUGAGAGCGAGGGUGCAUAUAGGUCGAAAAAACAGGGAGGGAGAACAACGGAAAAUGGGUGAGCGAGCGAGUGCAGAGCUCCGGCUGCCCGAUUGGGGGCUGCUUCCGGCUCAGGCGCUCCCCACUCCCAGAUGUAGUCCCACCCAAAUAAACUAGUUUUGUUGUAAA